AUGGAGCCAUACAAUACGGUAAGAAGACGUUGUACACGUGAUUUAUAUUUAUGUUGUUGGUGAGAUGUUGUACGUAGUAAUUUUAUAAAAUUGUGUGACAAUGGCCUGAAGCUUUAUUUUUAAAAAAUUAAAAUUAAAAUAAAAUAUAAAUUUCAUCGUAUAAAAUGUCACCCAAAAAUCAAAAAAAAAUUUUAGGUCUGGACUGAAGCUGAUCUAGAUCAACAACAUCAAAUUGAAGAUCAUAAGCCAAUUUACGGCCAAGAAAACUGGAUUCAAAAUGACAAUGGCGACCAAUGUGAACCUUCUCUAUAUCAAGGUAAGGCUAUUUUAUUUAAAGUUUUUGUCAUUUUUUUGUUGUGUAAAGAAAGUUUUUGUCAUUUUAAGCUUUUUAAAGAAAGUUCUUGCUUUUUUUUUUCUUGUAAAGAAAGUUUUUGCUCUUUUUUGUUUUGUAAAGAAAGUUCUUGUCAUUUUUUGCUUUGUAAAGGAAGUUCUUGUCAUUCUCGGCUUUGUAAAGAAAGUUCUUGCCAUUCUUUGCGUUGUAAAGAAAGUCCUUACUAUUUUUUGUUAUUUUCAGAAGCAGAAGAGAUCAAACGUCCAGCGAACGUUAGGGAACGGCGACGAAUGUGCGGCAUUAACGUAGCUUUUUUGGUAUGCUAACUUGGGUUUUAAAAUUUUUCUUUUUAGCUAUUUUUUUACUCUUGUAAAAUACGCUCCAUCCUUUUAUUUCGAUAAUUUUAUGUUGUGUAAAUAAAGUUUUUUCUACUAUAAAAUUUUAAAUAUUUAUCAAUAAGAUUUCAAGGACCUUCGAAACAAAAUUCCAACGUUUCCAUACGAAAAGCGGUUAUCCAAAAUUGACACCUUGAAUCUAGCCAUAGCAUAUAUCAACAUGUUGGAAGAGAUAUUGGCUACAGAUAUAGAUCCACACACCUUUGUUCAAAACACAGUAAAUAUGGUGCGGAAUGGACAGGAAAUCAACACUAUUUGGGGAACUAGUGGUAUGUUAUACUUGCCUAUUUAAAACCAAAAAAAGUAAAUUUUUUGAUGAAUUAAACUAGGUGAUGCUAAUUUGAAUAUAGUUGUAUUUUACUAUAUGUUGUUGUAAAAUACGAUAAUUCUUCAAGCACCCUUUAUAAUAGAAUAUGGCUUCAUUUAAAAAUAAAUUUUUAUGUUUCAGACCUAAUGGCCAGACUGAACUGGAUUUGUUGGGAUUUGCUUGGAAUGCCUCCGGUUCGCUGA